CUAUAAGGCCUAAGAGUUUGCAUCUGUGCAGUGAAAAGAGUCUGAGGUCACUGUGCUGCUGUUGGUCAGACGUCGGUACGGAUUGGUCCAAACUUUAGCAGUGGGUGUUGAUGACGGAGCACAAGGCCCUCUGAGAUGAUGAUGUGAUCCUAUGGGCCAAAGGCCAGGACAGUCAUGGCCCGCACUCAGUCUUCCUGCCCCCUUUCACCUCUCCUUUUACACCCAGAUCUGCAUUCCACACAUGCCCACCCAGUUCGGGUCUCGGCCUGGCACUCUGGUUGCAUGCAGGCGCUCCCAGCUGAACAAAAGCAACAGUGUCGUGGCUGAGCAUGACGAGUGUGGGAUGAGUAGCGCAGAUCCAGUGUGCCUCCUAGGAAUCAGGGCCUCAGUGUAGAGGGAGACAGACCUCAUGCGUACUGUAUUGGGUGAGGCAUUGUGACCACAUAUUGCUACACCCUGGUGCACAGAGCCAAAUAGACUCCUCACUUGUGGUAGAAUGUUAAUUUUAUUCUCCACUGAAAUGUUUGUGCAGUCUUGCUCAAGAGACUGUUGAGAAGGGCAGUUUCAUAAGCACAGGUGUGUUUCGUAUAUGAUAACUUGCAUGUCCCAGAGUUAAAAUAUUGCUCACUUUAAAUGCAUAAAUUGCAGGAUAAUAUUACAGAAGAAAGAUGAAUCUUUCAAUGAAGAAAAACAAUUUUGGCUUGCAUGCGGUAUUGUCAUAUGACAAUCUGAGCCGUAAUUGUUGAAAUAAUUGUGGAGAAAUAUUUAAUAGCUGCACUGUGUACACUCCUACCACACAUAUAGACACAGCUUGCUAAAUAAGCAUUUCAAACAAUACCUACACAAAGCAGUCUUGAUCAACUAGUACAAUUAGAGGCUUUGUGCUUUGGAUUUCUGCAUUUGUUCUUUUUAUGCCGUUUUCCACCCCUCCUAUCAGCUUGCAGCUCAGACUCCAGCGUCUGCGCUCAAUAGCCCUCUGUAUGGAGACAGAAUAGGGACUGUACAGCCUCUCUCUCCUCCCUCCUUUUCUCCCUCGCUCCCUCCCCUCCUCUUUCACACUCACUGACAAGUGCAUGUCCCUUGAUAGAAACCUUGACGUCACAGCAGGCUAAAUGAGCCUCCUUGCAGAGCUUUAUUCAGCAAGAUCAGUUUUGGAAUUGAAAUUGAGGGGGAGGCGGCAGGCAACUCGCAGGCAUCAGGUGUACAUGAGAAAGAGGAGAAGAGGAGCAGCAGCCGGAUGAAUGAGCAGCUCAGCGCCGGACAUGCGAUAAGGGGAGUGCGGGACUGUGCCAGGUCUAUAACAGCAUGUGUAUGUCAAGAUCAGACUUAAGAACAGUGGGGGAAGGAGUUCGACUUUUAUCAAUUAUCUGGAACUUGAUCAUCUAAACAAUGCAGUUGUGCAAGAAACGCUUCAACUAACUCCUCUGGAUUUAUGCACGUGGGAAAUCUUUGAUUCUGCUGGACGAUGACUGGCAAGCAAAUGAGGCAGUGGAGGUCCAUGUGCAAAGGCCUGGUCCUGGGAACUCUCCUGACCAGCUGCAUGAUUCUUCUUUACUGCCUCUCCACUCCACAGAUCCACGUCAGUCUGCCUGAAGUUCCAGUUCCUUACUCCUGUGCCCACCGUCCAUCCCAGCUCCACUCCAAAGCAACCAUUAACAGUUCCCAAAGGAACUCUGGCCAAACCUGUGUUGCUAAAGUCGAUAUUAUGUUCAUGAAGACCCACAAAACAGCCAGCAGCACUUUCCUCAAUAUACUUUUCCGCUUUGGAGAGAAACACCGGCUGAAAUUUGCCUUCCCUGACAGCAGAAAUGACUUCUUCUAUCCUUCUCCUUUCCAGCGCUCCCAGGUUAAAGACUACAAACCUGGAAUGUGCUUCAAUAUUAUCUGUAAUCACAUGCGCUUCAAUGCACCUGAAAUGGCCAAGUUGCUACCAAUGGACACGUCCUACAUCACUAUCCUGCGAGACCCCGCAGAGCUUUUUGAGUCAUCAUUCCACUACUUUGGCCGGCUGGUGCCUUUUACCUGGAAGAUACCGGGCGAUGACAAGCUGACUGAGUUCCUACUUGACCCCAGUAAGUACUUUGAUCCAGAAGGCUUCAACUCUUUCUACCUCAAGAAUCUGCUGUUCUUUGACUUUGGACAGGACAACACUCUGGAGCUGGACGAUCCACGAGUAAAAGAAGGAAUCAAACUCAUCUCUGACCGUUUUCAGCUUGUCAUGUUGGUGGAGCAUUUUGAGGAAUCACUAAUUCUGCUCAAGGACGCCCUCUGCUGGGAAAUGGAUGACCUGCUCUUCUUUAAGCUCAACGCUCGCAAGGGAUCCACUGUGUCUAAACUCACCCCUGAGCUGAGGGCCAGGGCCCUUGAGUGGAAUGCUAUUGACUGGAAGCUUUACCAGCAUUUCAACCAAACUUUUUGGAAAAAAGUAGAUGCAUAUGGACGACAGCGAAUGGCUGAGGACGUGACAGAGCUCAGGGAGAGGAACAAAGUGAUGGCAUCCAUCUGCAUUGAGGGGGGUCAUGCUGUGGAAGCUGGCAACAUCCAAGAAACAGACAUGCAGCCCUGGCAGCCAAUCGGAGAGAAGUCUAUCAUGGGCUAUAACUUGAAAAAGAAUGUGGACAAAGCACACCAGAAGUUGUGCCGCAAGAUGUUGAUGCCAGAGAUUCAGUACCUAACAGAGCUUGGGGUGAACCUGUGGAUCACCAAGCUGUGGGGCCAUGUCCGAGAUAUCAUCAACUGGUGACCAGGCAUGUGAGCAAGAAGGGCCAAUUCAACUCUGAAAGACUGCAUUCACACGAGGCAACUGGGACUGUGUGGCUUCAAGAUUGAGGGUUGAACAGUUUCUGCCUCAUUCCUUGUCUGAUUUUGUUGAAAUGUAUCCAGAUUCACUUGUUUGCAUUAUAUAUGAAUAUGCACUGUAAUCUAUCUGAUGGGUGCUUCAGAAAAUAUAUAUAUAUUGUUGACCUCACAAUCUACAAAUACUGAACCAGUUUACUACGUCCAGAUGAGGUUUAGUGUCGUCUGUUUUCGAGUCGAUUUUCAAAUGUUACAAUGUUCUUACUUUUAGAUGUAAGUUGUUCUAAUGGAAUAGUUGGGCGAACUAUGAAGUUCAGAACUAAUUAUAUAAGCCCUUUAAUGGAAUAAGGAACCAUUGUUGCCAUUCCUGACAAAUUUUGAAGAUAGUCUGAAGACAUCAAAAGACUCCGCCGCUUUGAAGUAAAUAAUGUCACUUGAGCUUUGGUAUCUGUAUCCCAAAGCUCAGGUUUGAAGAGACUGAUUCACUUCUAAGGGUUAAAAUACAGAUGUCAAAAUAGUGAAUGUAUUACAUCCCACUUUACUGUCUAUGGAGGACAGAAUCAGCCUUAAUUUAAAAAAAAAAAACAGGUCACCAAAUACAAACCUUUGUAAUAGCAGGCAUUGACAUGAGGGAAACAGGUUUAACUAAUAAUAUUAACAAUCACUCUGUUUCAGGGCCCCACAUCUGCUAUGUCCAAAUUAAAUGUAGCCAUUAUUAAUGUUACUAAUUAAACAUGCUUUUCCUGCAGUGGCAUGUUAACCUUUCAGUCAUAAAAUAUGUCUGAUAAAGAACACGCAAAGAAAGUAAUAAUUAAAUAGCAAAUGCAGCAAUAUGCAAUCAAGAAGAAAAAAAAUACUGUCUAUGGUUCUUUACUUUGCUUGUCAUUUUGAUUAACCUAUGAUGUAUGUUGACUUCUCUGCUAUAUAAUGUAUAAUUUGGCUCUGUGCUCCAGGGCACUUUGCAUUUGUAGCCAAGUCUCCUCUUUCUGCUGAUUUCACAAAUGGUUAUUCUAAAACAACCGCUGCUGUUGCCAGUCGUCUUGGCAGGCACAUUGACAGUGUGGUGGGACUUGCACAGUGAGCCAAAAAAUAAAAUCAUUGUCAGCCAAGUGAGGUAAAUACAUAUCUUCUAUGACAGUGUCUAACAGUGUUAAACACCACCUACAUGUGUUUGCACAGCCUCGCUCUCAUAACCUGCAGUAGUAAAAGGAAUUCAGUUAUAAGCUAUAAUAUUUUACCUGUCAGUGCACCACACCGUCACUUUCUUUCACAUAUUAUUUAUUCUUUAUUUUUAUGCAUUUAGUGUUUAGUUUAUGGUGCUUUGUAUUUAAUAUUAGAUUCUGUUGUUGUUUUAUAUACAGUAUAUGGUUUUCACUGAUUUUGUCCUCCAUACAAUUCUCCAUUGCUACCAGCAACUUAUGAUAAUCUUAAUGAAGUGAAAUGUAAUAUUGCAUGAAAAAGACCAAUUCAGAAAAUUGUCAGCUUCCUCUCCAUCUGUGACUGUUUCAUCUUUAUUAUUGUAUGUAUAAUAAGUAGUAAGAUUGUUCUGGGUUUUAUUGUGUAUGAAUGUAUAUGACCUCCCAAUGUCUUUGAAUAAUAUGAAAACUAUUUUUUGUUGAGUUAAAUCACAAGUUCUUAAUCUGUUGUUGGCAGUGGUUAUUAAGAAUGAAUAAUAUAAAUGAAGAUUGUCGCGUUAAAAUGAACUUAGGUUGCAGAUAACAGACCAAAGUGACAGCAGUUCCCCACUGACCCAUUAAAGUAUUUCUUGUUUAUCAGUGUUAGAAAAUCCUAAUUAUAUCCACUAUGAUUUACUGUUGUAAAAAUAAAACAUGGAAAACCCAA